UGCAGUUGACAAUUUUGACGUCAUCAGUGCGACGGAAGCAGUUUUCCUCAAUAAGAUAAUUCUGGCUGAUUCAUUGUAGUCAGACGGCUUGCCUGUGCUGCACACAGAAAAAACAAAAUAAACUCGUCUGAACACCAGACAUAUUUGACAGCAGAUUCCAGUAUGGACCGGCUGCUGAGGCUCGGAGGUGGAAUGCCAGGGCUCGGCCAGGGCCCCCCCACAGAUGCACCUGCUGUGGAUACAGCAGAGCAGGUCUACAUCUCCUCUCUGGCCCUGCUCAAGAUGUUGAAGCAUGGGCGUGCUGGUGUGCCAAUGGAGGUCAUGGGAUUGAUGCUGGGAGAGUUCGUUGAUGACUACACAGUGCGAGUGAUUGAUGUGUUUGCCAUGCCCCAGUCAGGAACUGGUGUGAGUGUUGAAGCAGUGGAUCCUGUGUUCCAGGCCAAGAUGUUGGACAUGCUGAAGCAGACUGGCAGACCAGAGAUGGUGGUGGGGUGGUACCACAGUCACCCUGGUUUUGGCUGUUGGUUGUCUGGCGUGGACAUCAACACACAGCAGAGCUUUGAGGCCCUGUCAGAGCGAGCCGUUGCAGUGGUGGUCGAUCCCAUUCAGAGCGUCAAAGGAAAGGUUGUUAUCGAUGCCUUCAGAUUGAUCAACGCCAACAUGAUGGUUUUGGGUCAUGAACCAAGACAAACCACAUCCAACCUGGGUCAUCUGAACAAGCCCUCAAUCCAGGCUCUGAUUCAUGGACUUAACAGACACUACUACUCCAUCACCAUCAAUUACAGGAAAAAUGAGCUGGAGCAGAAGAUGCUGUUGAACCUGCAUAAGAAGAGCUGGAUGGAGGGGCUGACUCUGCAGGACUACAGUGAGCACUGCAAGCUCAAUGAGACCAUUGUCAAGGAAAUGCUGGAGCUGGCUAAGAACUACAACAAGGCUGUUGAAGAGGAGGACAAAAUGACACCAGAGCAGCUGGCAAUCAAGAAUGUUGGAAAACAGGAUCCCAAGAGGCACUUGGAGGAACACGUAGAUGUUUUAAUGACAUCCAACAUUGUUCAGUGCCUAGCUGCCAUGUUGGAUACUGUAGUUUUCCAGUGAUGGCCCUGUGUGUAUAACUGUUAAUAUUGCAUCCCUUGUCUUCUUUUAUAUAAAAUAAAUGUAUGUAUGAAAUGAG